CCCUCCCUCGUUUCUCUUCCUCCACAAAAAAUCGACGUCAGUGACUACGAUAAACCGUUGCUCUUCCCCAGACUGUCACUGUCGCUGUCACUGUUUCUUCUUCACAUCUCGACUCCACUUCUUCAUCCCAUUUCCACCGACAAACAAUUGAGUCACUUUGCUACGACGACUGAUCACAAAACACAAACAACUCAGAUAAUAAGACACUGGCACUCUUUCAACUGCGCAUAUACCAACAUCAUCGCGAACAAAAACAACUCGGCUUUGCUCGGACCGUCGCUCGGCUACUCUGUCAACCUCUACGGCCAACCUCUCUCCAUCACACCAAAGCACAUCACAACACAUCGGAUCGAUAACCUCACGAUGCCUUCACAACGACCGUAUUUCCUCUCUUCUUUCCUCGCCGCCUUCCGUCCUCAAGGCCCCUCCAUCUCUACUACCGCUCCUCAUCAACAUCAGCCAAACAAGCACACCCGAGAUGCAACGACGACCACAACUGCCACAGCAACUGUAGCAAACACAACCACCACGGCUGCUUCUACGUCACAUCAUCAUCAUCAUCAUCAGUCUCAACAACAGCCAACUACUUCUAGUGUCGCUAUCCGUCCGCCCCGAAACACCACUUCAUCACCGUCAACAUCAACAUCCCCCGCCAACAACACCGCCAUUCCCAUUCCUGGAUCAUCUGGUCGACGUGGAAGUGAUAGCAGCAGUGAAGGCUUCCGUGAUGUGAUAGGCGCCGACAAGUGGUAUAUCGGUGGACGCACACCGGGCGGUGAAGAGAAGUUCUUCAAGCUUGGCGUUAUCCGCCGGGUGAGAAGCAAUGAUGGCUUAAGUUUGGAUCGUCUAAGCUUAUAAUCUGGCGCAUGAACGUUUUUCAUGAGACUUUUUACGACUACUGGACGGGGCAGGAAAGAUAUGUCCAUGCAUCACUCAUUGCAUGAUGAACCACUCUGGUACAAACACACGAACUUGACUUUUGCAUGAAUUUGGGAUGCUCGAUAUGAAACUGGGUAUGGUUAGGGCUACAAACAGGUCUGGUCUGGUUUGGUCUGGUUUGGUCUGGGGCUGGACCAUGGGUAUGGCGUUCAGUGUUCGGGUAUAUUUCACAUCUGGCAUGAAGUGAGUUCCCAGCGAUAAGAGGGCCACAUGCUUAUCAAGACAAAACUACAAAAAGACUAUCUUUUGCAACCACACCGCUCAUAUCCCCUCUGUCUUGAGUGUUUACCACAUAAAUCUUUGAAAUCGACC